UUCAGAAUAUAACACUUGUAAUAUAAGUAAAAAGAAGACGAAAAAAAAUGGAGUGGCAAUUAAAAUAUUUUUGGUUGAUAACUUCCUAUUUGAUAUUUAAUGAAGGGAUUGAACAUAGAUAUUCGAGGGAAGAAAAAAUAUGUGUAUUUGAAAAAGGAACGAUGAGUAAAGCUGCUACAGUCGGUGACAUUAAAACAUUAAAAUUAGCUUAUGAGAGUGGAUGUGGUUGGGAUGAAAAUACGACUACUGAAGCUGCAGCAAAUGGACAUUUAGAAUGUUUAAAAUAUGCUCAUGAAAAUGACUGUAGAUGGGAUAAAACAACAACACAAGCUGCUGCUGCAAAUGGACAUUUAGAAUGUUUAAAAUAUGCACAUGAAAAUGCAUGUCAAUGGAAUGAGAAAACGACACAGGCUGCUGCUGCAAAUGGACAUUUAGAAUGUUUAAAAUAUGCUCAUGAAAAUGACUGUAGAUGGGAUAAAACAACAACACAAGCUGCUGCUGAAAAUGGACAUUUAGAAUGUUUAAAAUAUGCUCAUGAAAAUGACUGUAGAUGGGAUAAAACAACAACACAAGCUGCUGCUGAAAAUGGACAUUUAGAAUGUUUAAAAUAUGCUCAUGAAAAUGACUGUAGAUGGGAUAAAACAACAACACAAGCUGCUGCUGCAAAUGGACAUUUAGAAUGUUUAAAAUAUGCUCACGAAAAUGACUGUAGAUGGGAUAAAAAAACAACAAAAGCUGCUGCUGCCAAUGGACAUUUAGAAUGUUUAAAAUAUGCUCAUGAAAAUAAUUGCGUGUGGGAUAAAAGUACGACUACAGCUGCUGCGGAAGGCGGCCAUUUAGACUGUUUGAUAUAUGCUCACCAAUAUGGAUGUUCGUGGGACGAAGGGACAACUAGUGCUGCUGCUUUUGAAGGUAAUCUAGAAAUAUUAAAAUACGCUUACGAAAACAGGUGCCCAUGGGACGAAGAAACGACUUUAAAUGCUGCUUCAGGAGGUAAUUUUGUAUGUUUGAAAUAUGCAUACGAAAAUGGAUGCGAAUUGCAUGAAACAAUAACGGAAUUAGCUGCAUCCAAGGGUGAUUUACAUAUGUUAAAAUAUGCAUAUGAAAACGGAAAUGAUUGGGCUGAAGGAACAAUAGUUUCAGCUGUUCAGAACGGUAAUUUAGAUUGCUUAAUUUAUGCCCACCAAAAUGGAUGUCCGUGGAAUGAAUAUACUAUUGGUGUUGCUGCUUUUGAAGGUAAUCUAGAAAUAUUGAAAUACGUUCAUGAAAACGGAUGCAAAUGGGAUGAAGGGACAACUAAAGAGGCUGCUGAAGGAGGUCAUUUAGACUGUUUAAUAUAUGCUCAUAAAAACGGAUGCGAAUGGGAUGAAGGAACAACUAAAGAGGCUGCUAAAGGCGGCCAUUUAGAUUGCUUAAUGUAUGCUCACGAAAACGGAUGCGAAUGGGAUGAAGGGACAACUAAAGAGGCUGCAAGAGGAGGUCAUUUAGACUGUUUAAUAUAUGCUCAUAAAAACGGAUGCGAAUGGGAUGAAGGAACAACUAAAGAGGCUGCUAAAGGCGGCCAUUUAGAUUGCUUAAUGUAUGCUCACGAAAACGGAUGCGAAUGGGAUGAAGGGACAACUAAAGAGGCUGCAAGAGGAGGUCAUUUAGACUGUUUAAUAUAUGCUCAUAAAAACGGAUGCGAAUGGGAUGAAGGAACAACUAAAAAGGCUGCUAAAGGCGGCCAUUUAGAUUGCUUAAUGUAUGCUCAUAAAAACGGAUGCGAAUGGGAUGAAGGAACAACUAAAGAGGCUGCUAAAGGCGGCCAUUUAGAUUGCUUAAUGUAUGCUCACGAAAACGGAUGCGAAUGGGAUGAAGGGACAACUAAAGAGGCUGCUGAAGGAGGUCAUUUAGACUGUUUAAUAUAUGCUCAUAAAAACGGAUGCGAAUGGGAUGAAGGGACAACUAAAGAGGCUGCUAAAGGAGGCCAUUUAGACUGUUUAAUAUAUGCUCAUAAAAACGGAUGCGAAUGGGAUGAAGGGACAACUAAAGAGGCUGCAAGAGGAGGCUAUUUAGACUGUUUAACAUAUGCACACGAAAAUGGAUGCGAAUGGGACGAAAUGAUAACGAACCUAGCUGCUCUUAAUGGUGAUUUAAAAAUGUUAAAAUACGCUCAUGAAAACGGAUGUAAUUGGGCUGAACGUACAAUAGCUGUAGCUGCCUUAUGCGGGCAUUUAGACUGCUUAACAUAUGCUCAUCAAAAUGGAUGCAAGUGGGACGAUUGCACGACUAUAUACGCUGCACAAGGCGGUCAUUUAGACUGCUUAAAAUAUGCUCAUGAAAAUGGAUGUAAAUGGAAUGAAAUGACAACAGCGGUAGCUGCUCGUAACGGCAGUUUGGAAUGUUUAAAAUAUGCUCAUGAAAAUGGAUCUAAUUGGGCCGAAGGUACAAUAAUGAUAUCUGUUUCAUACGGCUAUUUAGACUGCUUAAAAUAUGCUUAUGAAAACGGAUGUAAGUGGGAUGAAGGAACGACGAGAGUUGCUGCAGAAGGCGGAUAUUUGGACUGCUUAAAAUAUGCUCAUGAAAAUAAAUGUCCAUGGGAUGUAAACACAACAAAAGCGGCUGCAGAUUAUAGUAAUUUAGAAUGUUUAAUAUAUGCACAUGAAAAUGGAUGCGAAUGGAAUGAAGCGAUAACGAAACGAGCUGCUCUUAAUGGUGAUUUAAAAAUCUUUAAAUAUGCCCACGAAAAUGGACAUCCUAUAGACGAAGACACAUAUAGAGUUGUCGUUUUAAAAGGUAAGUUAGAAAUAUUGGAAUAUGUUCACGAAAACGGAUAUAAAUGGGAUAAAAAAACAACAAUGUUAUUAGCUGCUAACGGGCAUUUAGAAUGUUUAAAAUACGCUCAUGAAAAAGGUUACGAAUGGGACGAAAGAACAAUAGUUGCGGCAGCCGUGCAUGGUAAAUUACAUUGCCUAAAAUUUGCCCGUCAACAUGGAUACGAUUGGGUCGAAGGUACGAUGAGAGGGGCUGCUUCGAAUGGACAUUUAGACUGUCUAAAAUAUGCCCAUAAAAAUGGUUGUUUAUGGGAUGAAGGCACUACGAGGGAAGCCGCCGCAAGCGGUUCCAUUGAAUGUUUGAAAUUUGCUCAUGAAAACGGUUGUGAAUGGGAUGAAGGUACAAUAGUUACAGCUGCCGCACAUGGUAAUUUAGAUUGCUUAAAAUAUGCUCACAAAAACGGGUGUCAGUGGGAUGAAGGUACAACAAGACUGGCCGCUGCAAAUGGUCAAUUUCUUUGUUUGAAAUAUGCCCACGAAAAUAAUUGUCCAUGGAGUAGAUAUACCGUUAAUGAAGCUUUACGAAACGGUCAUAUUGAUAUAUUUCAAUAUGCUGUCAAAAAUGGUUGUCACGAUUAGUUUUUAAUUGUAAUUAUUAUUUUUUUCUUUUACUCAUUUGUUUUGGUUAUUUACAUUAUAUUUUAAAUAAAUUAACUUAUUAAAAUUGUAUAAUUUUAUUGAUAUCAUUUCUGAAAUUUCAUUUGCUUACAAGUCAAAUAUGUCAUCUUAAAGAGAAUGCCCGAAGUUUUACACACACUAACAUAAUGUUUUCAACUGAUUUUUAUUGUAUGGGAUAUUUUUAUAAGAUUUGAUAAUGGGCUUACGAAUCUUUAAUAAUUUAUAUUUAAUUAACAACACGUGCAUGUAAAUUCAACAGGCGUAUUCAAAAUAUCUUACUGACAUAUGAUUUUUGUUAAAUCAUUUCUUAUGGUGAUAUAAAUAUUUUUUCUAUUUAGUAUUUAAUCACGUUACAAAUAAUACGUUACUUUGAAUAAUACAUGAAAAUAAAAGCUACUUUAAUGUAAUGU